AUGUCGGAGCCAAAGAGGACGAGAAAGAAAAACUUCACUCCCAAUGAAACUAAUCGACUCAUCGAGUUGGUGGAGGACAACUACCGGAUUAUUUCAUCGACAUUCAGUGACCAAGUCACCCUUAAAAGAAAAAAUGACGCGUGGUUGGAAAUAUCUAGGAAGUUAAACGCCAUCAGCCCGUCUCUACGAACUGUAGAGGAAGUAAAAAAGAAGUGGGACGAUAUUAAAGUGCGUGCCAAGAAAAAAGCCAACGAGGAUCGGACAAGGGAUGGCAAGACCGGUAAUGUCCCGAGGAGUCCCAAGAGCGAUUCUCUGACCGAUACAGAGCGACGUGUCAUCGGGAUGCUGGGCGCUGCUCAAGUUUUCGGUAUUAACAACCGUGACGAGUAUGACACCGCCGCUUUACCGAGCUAUAAGAAAGAAUCAAAGCGUUCGCGUCAAAGUGCAACGGCAACUCGUGCUUGUGUCGAGUCCGAUGAUGCUUUCGAUGAGCUGAUGGAGGCACCGACACAGACAUUCGGCAAUUACUCCGACUUCGAUGAACCAGCUGAUAGCCAGGACGAGGAUUUUCGCGUUGCAAAGCCACCUGCAAAAAAGACUCCCCGUGUAAGCCCAACUACAAGUAACAGUACAAGUGCAGGGAAGAAAUCCGUAACCGAAAUGAUGCUGGACGUUGAAACCCGCCGGCUAUGUUGA